UCCCGAGUUCCCGCCUUUUCGGGGAAGAGGCGCGAUGGCCAGGAGCGUCCGCAGCUGCCUGGCAAAAGCCCUGGAGAACUUGGAAGAGGACGACCUCGAAAAGUUCAAAUUGAACCUCAACGAGUACCAGGUCAAGCCGGGCUUCGACAACAUCCCCCGGGGGCUGCUGCAGAAGGCCGGCGCGCUCAAACUCAGCGACCUGCUGGUCAGAUACUACUGCGAGGACUACGCCGUGGAGGUGGCGGCCGCGGUGCUGUGGGACAGCGACUGCAAGCCUCAAGCCCAGAAGCUUCUCAAGGACACCGGGAGAGAUGCCUGCAAUUCUGCUCAGGAACCUGUGCCCCAGCUCAGCAACCACUCAAGACAAGCUGAGGUUCAGGCCCCAGGAAUGCAUUUUAUUGAACGCCAUCGAGACGCCCUGAUUCAGAGAACCGCCACAGUGGAAGAAAUUCUGGAUCAGCUGUACGGAGUUCUCCUGACUAACGAGCAAUAUCAAGGAAUCAUGAUAAAGGGAACAGACCAGGCUAAAAUGAGGGAGCUCUUCAGCCUGAUGCCUGGCUGGGAUCGUCAUGGCAAGGAUUUGCUCUAUGAGGUUCUGAAGAAGAAAAGAAAGUAUCUCAUUGAAGACCUCGAAAGGCAGUGAGGCAGUAGAAGUGAGACACCAUCUCAGGGCAUAAAAUAUCCAGUUACGCACGUCCUAGGAAUCCCACAGAGGUAUAUAUAUAUAGGCAGUCUUACACCCACUUAUGAUCACAACUGAGCCCAAGAUUUAUGUUGCUAAGUGAGAAAUUUGUUAAGUGAGUUUUGCCCCAUUUUAUGGCUUUUCUUGCCACAUUUCUUAACUGAAUUACUGCACUUGUUAAGUUAGUAACACGGUUGUUAAGUGAAUCUGGCUUUCCCAUUAACUUUGCUGGUCAGAAGGUUGCAAAAGGGGAUCACAUGACCACAGGACCCUGCGACCGUCAUGCAUCCGGAUGUAAAUCACACGACUAUAGGGAUGCUGCAGUGGUCAAGUGUGAAAAAUGGCCAUGUCGCUUUUUUCAGUUUCAUUGUAACUUUGAACGGUCACUAAACCGACUCUUGUAAGGUGAGGACUUACCUGGAGUAUCUUUCCACCCAGAAGCUGUAUUUACAGCUGACCUGGUUAUUGAAUUGUUCUGUUUUCUUGAGUUGACAUAGUAUGGGUAGUCCUCGACUUACAACCACUAUUGCGCCCAAAAUUUCUGCUGCUAAGCAAGGCAGUUGUUAAGCGAGUUACGCCCCAUUUUAUGACCUUUUUGCCAGAGUUAAGUGAAUCACCGCAGUUAUUUAAUUGGGAUUUCCACAUUUCUUUCUGGGGAGCCUUUCCACUGUGCAAUAACAGAGUUGGAAGGGACCUUGGAGGUCUUCUAGUCCAACCCCCUGCUCAAGCAUAUACCAUUCCAGAGAAAUGGCUGCCAACUCUUCGUAAAAAUCUCCAGUGAUGGAGCACCCACAACUUC